CUCUAAACUGCAGCCAGUGCUUGUGGUACUGAGGAACUGCGAGGGACACGGAAGAGCACGAGCUGCGGAAUGGAACAUGUUCAAAGAUGUCGACAGCUGCCGAGCAUGUGCUUUGAGACAGAGUGGGCAGUAAGAUCGUCUGAUAAUUAGAGCAGCCGUGGGCCAAGACCACGGGAUCGGUCGAUCGAUUCUAUCGAUCAACAUCGUUGCGGUCGUCGGGAUUUUGAGAAGGGGCGGACAUGAAGGUCAGAGCAGCAGUGCGGCGGCUCUGCGAGUACUGUAGAGUGGUCAGGAGACGAAACAGGGUUUUCGUUCUGUGCACGGCGAAUCCCAAGCACAAGCAGCGUCAGGGAUUUUCUGAUCUGGCUUUUCCAGAUUCUAUAACCCAGUUGACUUCUACAACUGCACUUUCGGACCUUUCUCUUAGAUCUAAAACUCCAAUGGGUGCCAAUACAUUAUCUCCGUUGAGCUGGACCUCGGGAAGUACUACGCAAACGAAAUACGUUUACAGAAACGGUGGGGGUGUUGGAUUAGCAUCUCUCUUGAACGGCUCGUGUUAAUGACUCAGAUUUUGAAACGGCUACUUGUAUAAGUUGCCCCUUUACAACGAGGUGUAGAAAAUGCUUAUAUGCUGAGCAGAAUGCUGACGCUGGGCAUUUUAUACUCGAGGCUAUAAAAUUUUGUCAACCUUUGGAGAGAUAGUGUACGAAUGCAAGCUUUUGCGAAAGUUCAGUGCAGAAAAAAUUGACUUCUCUUUGGAAGUAGCUUGUUUCUGAGGAAUCUUUUUUGGACCAGAGGGUUGAGGUCUGCACUGCUGACACCAGAGAGCUUGUUGGCUGGAUUGUAAAAAAAAUUCCACCCACAUAUUGAGUUAUGCAUAUACGCUCUUGAUGACUAAUGCAUGAAAUUGGGAUAGUUUCUGUGAUCAUUUUGAGGUUAUCAAGUUACCUUCACCUGAGAUGGUGCAAAGUUCACCAACUAAAACAGAUCAUCCGGUAUGGGUCCAGUGUGCGCAGAUAUAUCUGAUAUUGAUAUUUCAUGCUU